CCUUCACGUUCUUCGAUCCCAACGAUCCGGCGUGCCGGGAGAUCCUGUUCGAUCCGCGCACGUCCGUCCCGGAGCUCUUCGCCAUCGUGCGCCAGUGGGUGCCCCAGGUGCAGCACCAGAUCGAUGUCAUCGGCAACGAGAUCCUGCGGCGCGGGGGCCACGUGGACGACCGCGACGGCCUCACGGACAUGACGCUGCUGCACUACGCGUGCAAGGCGGGCGCGCACGGCGUCG